AUGCCGCCUAAGACUAGUGGAAAAGCCGUGAAGAAAUCCGGCAAAGCUCAGAAAAAUAUCACCAAGUCUGACAAGAAGGGUCGCAAGAAGAAGAGGAAGGAAAGUUACGCUAUCUACAUCUACAAGGUGUUGAAGCAAGUUCACCCUGACACUGGUGUGUCUUCCAAGGCCAUGAGCAUCAUGAACAGCUUUGUCAACGAUAUCUUCGAACGUAUCGCUGCUGAAGCUUCUAGAUUGGCUCACUACAACAAGAGAUCUACCAUCACCUCCCGGGAAAUUCAAACAGCUGUUCGUCUUCUGUUGCCCGGUGAAUUGGCCAAGCACGCUAUUUAUCUUUAUGUUAACAAUAUGUAUUUAUUUGACAUUUGUGACUUGGGGAAAAAGUGA